AUGCCCUGGCUGUACUAUAGAUCACAGCAGGCCAGCUUAAUACUGGCUGAUACCGCUCUCACGGCCACCUACGCUAGCGGCAGCACUCUUAACCUCUACCUUGGUACCUAUAGUCUUGGCGGUGAAUUUCAGGGCUUCCAGAACGCCUCUGACACCAACACUCUGCAGCUGUGCAAGGACACCUUGGCUGUAAUGCAAGCGGCCUUCCGUUUUGGUACUACCUAUUCGCAGCAGUGUGAGCUCAACGCGGAUGACCUUUUUGACAGUGAGAAAUAUCCAUUGGCCUUCUACGAUCCUUAUAUAUUCUUUUAUGAUGCGACUGACGGUGGAAUUCCAAAACUCUUCCCAGUACCGGUUUUGAACACUGCUCUGUUAGAUUCCACCAAUAAGCUGGUGAACCUGGAGACAAGUAACAAUAACUGGCAACUCACUCGGCGUCUUUUUCUGGUGGACAAUGUUGCCGGGAAGACGAGUCUCACGGAGCAGGUGCCCACUGUGGUUCGUUACGCGCAGUCAAUUAAACUCACCAUCACGCCGCGGGGCACGGACCAAGCCGGCCUGAUCUACCCUCCCAUGCUGACGAUCACCUACGCGGACCUCAAGGCAUCCGAGCACUACGGGAAGGGCGCCACCGUCCAGGUAACUCCUCUUGCCUGGUCUGACAUUGACUCAAGCUAA